AUGGCUGAACCGUCCCUCUACCGCUCCCUCCUUGACACGGUGGUAGGGCAGGGUACCACCACGGCCCUCUACUUCGCCAGCAAGGACCUGGCUCCCACCAAGCUACUGGUCGACCUGAUCCACGCCAAGGGGCAGCGCGGUUUCGUAGGGAAGGUGAACAUGGACAGGCAUGCGCCCGAGGACUACUGUGAGGCGUCCGCCUCCGCCUCCUUGGCAGCGACGGAGGCGUUCCUCGACUACGUGCUGGACGUGGUGGCUUCCCCGUUGGUCCGCCCGGUCUUGACCCCACGCUUCCUCCCCACCUGCUCCGACGCCUUACUCCAAGGGCUGGGUGCCCUGGCGCGCAAAUAUGCAGGAAGGGAAGGAGGGCGGGAAGGAGGGCGGGGUGGGUCGACACCCGGUUUACACAUCCAGUCCCACAUCAGCGAGAGCGCGGACCAGGUGGCUUUCAACCAUCGUCUGGCCGAGCACCACCAAGGAGAGUCUCGGGACCUUCCUGUCUUCGAACGGUGCGGGCUCCUCACCCCGCUGACCGUCUUGGCUCAUGGUAUCCACCUCUCCCCCUCCGAGCUCGCCAUCCUGGCGCGUAGGGGGGCCGGCCUCGCCCAUUGCCCCCUCUCGAAUUUCUUCUUCGGACACGGAGUACUCCCCGUGCGGAAGGUUCUAGAAGCCGGGGUCAAGGUCGGUUUGGGCACUGACGUGGCAGGAGGGUACUCGAGCUCCAUGCUGUCGGCGAUCCGGUCCUGCGUGUUGGCCUCGCGGGCCCUGGAGGACGGGGUGGAGGAAUGGCGGCAUGGGGAGGAGGAAGGGGAGAGGGAGGGAAAGAAGGAGGGAGGGAAGCAGGGAGGAGAGCAAUGGUGCAAAGAAGGGAGGGAGGGAAUGAGGAUCGAUUGGAAGGAAGCCCUGUGGCUUGCGACGAUGGGGGGGGCGGAAUGUCUGGGCUUGGAGGAGGAGGUGGGUUCAUGGGCGGUGGGGAAAGCCUUCGACGCAGUCCGGGUAGAUGUGAAGAAGGGAGGGGCAGUGGUGGUGCUGGAGGGUGGGGGAGACAGUGCAGAGGACCUGGUGG